AUGGGUAAAAGGAAACGACUCUCAGAAUGGUUUCUGAUAGGAGUAUGUGUAUUGCAUAUAAUAAUGGCACCCUAUACAAAAGUUGAAGAAAGUUUCAAUGUACAAGCUAUUCAUGACAUCUUAUAUCACCAACUGAACUUUACCAAGUAUGAUCAUCAUGAAUUUCCCGGAGUUGUGCCACGUACUUUUAUGGGCGCCAUGGCAGUUAGUGUUUCACUUUUUCCUACAAUCAAAUGGAAUUAUAUUGCAAAACACUGGAUUUUGUAUGGCAUGAGGCUUGUGCUUGGUCUAGCAGUUCUAUUCGCAUUUGGUCAUUUUGCUCGACAGAUUGACAAAAACUUUGGCAAAUUGUCAGGCGAUUUUCUAAGAUUAAUUGUAGCAACACAGUUCCAUUUCAUGUUCUACUGUUCCAGGCCUCUUCCAAAUACAUUUGCCUUACUUGGAGUACUUUGGACCUACCAGAAAAUUUUGGAUGGACAGUGGUUAUGUGCAGCACGAAUUGCUACGGUUUUUACAUUACUAUUUCGAUGUGAACUGAUUUUGUUUUAUGGCUGUGUUUUCAUAUGGCCUGUUUUAACACGCCAACUGUCCCUGUUCGGUUGGAAUGGUGCUGUUAUUCAUUGCUUGUCGACUGCUAUACUUACUCUAGGCAUAUCCGUACCACUGGAUUCUUUCUUGUGGCGACGAUGGCUAUGGCCUGAAGGCGAAGUGUUGUGGUUCAAUGUGAUAUUGAAUAGAAGUCACGAAUAUGGUAUUCAACCUUAUUUCUGGUAUUUUUAUUCUGCGAUUCCACGUGCAAUGAUAGCUUCAACUCUUCUUAUACCUUUAGGUGCAUUAAUUGAUCGUCGUUUACUGUCAAUUGUAUUUCCUGUUAUAUGCUACAUCUUCUUCUAUUCGUUCCUCCCUCAUAAAGAACUUCGAUUUAUCAUUUACACAUUCCCGCUUUUUAAUGUUUCCUCAGCAGUGUUCUGUGCAAGAAUGUAA